GGGCGGGCCUCCCAGCGUGCCCCGCGCGGCCUGAGGCGAGCGCGGCCCGUUCCCGUCGCCGCCUCCGCCAUGUCCGAGUUCGGCCCCGCGCCGCCCCCGCCCCCCCAGCCCGGGGCCGCCCCCUCCGCGCCCCCCUCAGCCGGGCCCGGGGCCGGCCCGGGAGGAGGCGGCGGCGGCGGCGGCAGCGGAGGCGGCGGCGGCGGCGGCACGGGGCGGAAGGACGCGUUCGCCGACGCGGUGCAGCGGGCUCGGCAGAUCGCCGCCAAAAUCGGGGGGGACGCGGCGCCGCCCGUGCCCAACAACAACGCCCCCCCCGAUUUUGGGGGGUUUGGGGGGCAGAAACGGCAGCUGGAGGAUGGAGAUCAGCCCGAGAGCAAGAAACUGGCGGCACAGGGGGAAGCGCUGCCAGCACCGAUGGGGCCCAUCCACCCCCCCGCCAGGACGACGGUGACCGAGGAGUACCGGGUUCCUGACGGGAUGGUCGGCCUCAUCAUCGGCCGGGGGGGAGAACAGAUCAACAAGAUCCAGCAGGACUCGGGGUGCAAAGUUCAGAUCUCCCCAGAUAGCGGCGGGUUACCCGAGCGCAGCGUGUCCCUGACGGGCUCGCCGGAAUCCGUGCAGAAGGCCAAGGCCCUGCUGGACGACAUCGUGUCCCGAGGCCGGGGGGGACCCCCGGGACCCUUCCCCGACGCCGCCAACGGGCAGAACGGGACGGUGCAGGAGCUGAUGAUCCCCGCGGGCAAGGCGGGGCUGGUCAUCGGCAAGGGCGGGGAGACCAUCAAACAGCUCCAGGUCACCCCCAAAAUCCGGUUUGGGGGGGAUUUGGGGGAGUUUAGGGGGGAUUUGGGGAGGUUCAGGGAGAGAACGAGCGGGGUAAAAAUGAUCCUGAUCCAAGACGGUUCCCAAAACACCAACGUGGACAAACCCCUGCGGAUCAUCGGCGAGCCCUACAAAGUGCAGCAAGCCUGUGAGAUGGUGCUGGACAUCCUGAGGGAGCGGGACCAGGGAGGAUUCGGAGACCGCUCGGAUUACGGCGCCCGCCUGGGCGGGGGGAUCGACGUGCCGGUGCCGCGUCACUCGGUCGGGGUCGUGAUCGGGCGCAGCGGGGAAAUGAUCAAAAAGAUCCAGAACGACGCCGGCGUGCGCAUCCAGUUCAAGCAGGACGACGGCACGGGGCCGGAGAAGAUCGCGCACAUCAUGGGACCCCCGGAGCGCUGCGAGCACGCGGCGCGCAUCAUCAACGAGCUGCUGCAGAGCCUCAGGAGCGGCCCCCCAGGACCCCCGGGGCCGGGGCUGCCCCCGGGGGGGCGCGGCCGGGGCCGGGCUCAGGGCACCUGGGGCCCCCCCGGGGGGGAAAUGACCUUCUCCAUCCCCACCCACAAAUGUGGGCUGGUCAUCGGGAGAGGUGAGGAGGGGGAGACCCCCCGGGACCCCUCCCCAAAAUCCCAAAUCCUAAAUCCCUUCCCUGAACCGCUGAAUUCAUCCUCAGUUCUAAAAAUCCCGUUAAAUGGCACCGAAAUUGUCACAAAUGGCCCCAAAAUCCUGCCCCAAAUGGCCCCAAAAUCCUGCCCCAAAUGGUCCCAAAAUCCCCAGAAAUGGCCCCAAAAUCCUGCCCCCAAUGGCCCCAAAAUCCUGCCCCAAAAUCCAACCCUAAAUGGCCCCAAAAUCCAACCCUAA